UGCCUUCCUGCAGCAGGAGCAACACAAUGUCAACCUGGACCGCUUCACGAAGAAACUGACUGCGUUCAAUUCAAAAUGACAAUGCUUAUUCACUUUCGCUGACAUAUCCGAUAGCCAAUUAAUUGUCACUGAAGGAAACAUUUCCGAAUAAUGACAAUGUUGGGUAUGUAUGUGCCAGACAGAUUUUCUCUGAAAUCGUCAAAGGUCCAGGAUGGAAUCGGUCUUUACACGGCGAGGCGAGUGAAAAAGGGAGAAAAGUUUGGUCCCUUUGCAGGUGAGAAAAAGCUGCCUAGUGAGCUGGAUGAAAGCUCGGACACCAGGCUGAUGUGGGAGGUCCGUGGCAGUAAAGGAGAUGUGCUGUAUAUUUUGGAUGCGAGUAACCCACGCUAUGCCAACUGGCUGCGGUUUGUCCAUCAGGCGCCUUCACAGGAGCAGAAGAACUUGGCAGCCAUACAGGAUGGAGAAAACAUCUUCUAUCUGGCUGUGGAUGACAUAGAGACAGACACAGAGCUCCUCAUAGGCUACCUGGACAGUGAUAUGGAGGAAGAGGAUGAGGAAGAAGAGGAGGAGGCAAUUAAAGAUGAGGAUGAAAACAGUAAAGAAGCUAAGCAUCUUGUUGAAAUGGAACUAGUAAUAAAGAAGGAGGACCACCCGUGCUUGCUGUGUGAAAGCAGCUUUCCCAGUGAGGAGAUCCUGGCUGCCCACCUCCAGACUCUGCAUCAGAGGCCCAGCACAGAGGAGAAGGAGUUCAAAUGCAGAAACUGUGGCAAGAAGUUCCCCAUAAAACAGGCUCUGCAGCGCCAUGUUUUGCAUUGUUCUGAGUCACUGGGCGCAUCAGGUGACUCUAAAGCACACCAGUGCUCCCUCUGUCACAACACCUUCAGCUCAGAAUCCAGUUUUGAACAGCAUAAGGAAGCCUGUAAAGGAGAUGCCAGGUUCAUCUGUAAAGUAGAGAGCUGUGGUAAACGAUUCAAGAGCAAGGAUGCUCUGAAGAAGCAUAAAGGAAACGUUCACACAGGGAAUGCACGGCGGAAGCUCACGUGCACAAUUUGCAACCGAAAAUGCUCCUCUUCUCUGAAUCUACAAGAACACAGAAAGGUACAUGAAAUAUUUGACUGCCACGCAUGUGACAAGAAGUUCAUUUCUACGAAUCAGUUAAAACGGCAUAUGAUAACGCAUUCCGAGAAGCGGCCGUACACCUGUGAGAUCUGCAGUCGAUCAUUCAAGCGUCUGGACCAGGUGACAGCUCAUAAGAUUAUCCACAGUGAAGACAAACCGUACAAGACCCACUCUGAGGAAAGACCCUUCCAGUGUGAGGAGUGCAAAGCGCUGUUCCGCACCCCCUUCUCUCUACAACGUCACCUUCUCAUCCACAACAGUGAGAGAACAUUCAAGUGUGACCAGUGCGAUGCCACAUUCAAGAGGAAGGACACUCUUAAUGUCCACAUCCAGGUGGUGCAUGAUGGCCAUAAGAAGUACAAGUGCGACCUGUGUGAGAAGGCCUUUGUCACUCCUUCUGUCCUCAAGAGCCACAAGAAGACACACACGGGGGAGAAGGAGAAGAUCUGCCCAUACUGUGGACAAAAGUUUGCCAGCAACGGCACGCUAAGGGUCCACAUCCGCAGCCAUACAGGUGAGCGUCCGUACCAGUGUCCCUACUGUGACAAGGCAUUCAGCAAGAAUGAUGGCUUGAAGAUGCACAUUCGAACACACACUCGUGAGAAGCCGUAUAAAUGCAGCGAGUGUAACAAGGCCUUCAGCCAGAAAAGAGGGCUGGAUGAGCACAUGAGGACCCACACAGGAGAGAAACCUUUCCAAUGUGAUGUGUGUGACCUGUCAUUCAGCUUGAAGAAGAUGCUCAGCAGACAUAAGCUCACACACAACCCUAACCGGCCCAUGGCGGAGUGCCAGCUGUGCCACAAGAAGUUCACCAGGAACGACUACCUCAAAGUACACAUGGAGAAUGUCCAUGGGGAAACAGAGAGCUAGAGCCAGUCACGGAAACACUGGCUGAAAAUAUUUGAUUCCUUAGAUAAAGUUCACUCUCACGCUUCAUGCAGCCAGUAUGGCUGUUGUAUACUGUAUACACAGAUGAAUAGGUAGGUAGGUAGGCUGAACUUUAUUGAUCCCACAGUGGGGAAAUUCCAGUGUUUCAGCAGCAGUAAAGGACAAAACAACAUGACACCAUAAGAAUAAAUACCCCACACAUAGCUUGAAAAAACAAGAUCCAGGUCCCCGAAAAACAAAUACAUUUCCAUAUAUGAUUUAUCUGCCUCCAGAGCUGCUGUGUCUGCUCACAGGGCAAAUGAAUGUCUGACAUUUCAUCCAACUCUCUCCGACUUCUAACCAGUGUUACUGUUCGCCAUGUCACAGUCUGAUGUCUCCCACUGUAGUAUUUACUGGCCAACUGUCUGAAUACCUUACUGUAAAUCUGUGGCCAGAAAAACCAGUCUUUCUCCAUGUUUACAUCUUUACACUUGUUCUUUGGUGUCCAGACAGAUUUUUCUUUUUUUUUAAGCCCUUGAGUAUUUUUUUUAAGUUAAGACCUAUGUCUGUUUGCAGUUGUGUCAUUAACUUAAGGUGCCUUGGUUCAACUAUUUCUAACGUUCCCAUGACCUGUUGUGUGGAGACCUAUGGUGUGUGUUGCUGUUUCUGUGUCCCAACUUUGUGGACAAAUGUGCUGCAAAUUAGGGACAAAGAGAAAAUCUAAAGUACUGUUUGUGGACUUUUGUAAUAAAUGGUUGAGUAUGUUUUCAUAUGAAUGGCCUGGGGUUAUUGUACCUUACAG